UGGGCAGGCGGCUGGAGCGGGCCGGUACCGUCAGGCAGCUAACCAUGAUCCUGUGUCCCCCGAGCACGGAGCACCCCCGCGGAAACCAGUGCCAGCGGCUGCAGGGCCAGGUAGUGAAGAUGACCAGUAGCGACCAAGAGCGACCACAGUUCCUGUUUGUGAAAGCGCUGGCCAGCCGCGGGCGCCUGGAGGCAGUGACACAACAGAUGGGCUACCACCCACAGUACCUGGACAGCUUCCUCAAGAUGCAGCACUACCUGCUUCACAUGGACGGCCCACUGCCAUUUGCCUGCAGACACUACAUCGCCAUCAUGGCAGCUGCUCGGCACCAGUGCUGGUAUCUGGUGAAUCUGCACAUGCUGCAGUUCCUGCGAGUGGGGGGAGAUCCCCAGUGGCUGCGGGGCCUGGACUUCAUCCCUCCCAAACUCCGCAAUCUUAAUGAGAUCAACAAGAUCCUGGCUCAUCGGCCUUGGCUCAUCAGCAAGGAACACAUUGAGAAGCUGCUGAAGAUCAGUGAGCAGAGCUGGUCUCUGGCAGAGCUGGUCCACGCUGUUGUCCUCGUGGCGCAUUACCAUGCUCUCGCCAGCUUUGUCUUUGGUUGUGGCUGUGAGCAGGAGUGGCUGGAUGGCAGGAGCAUACUGAAGUCAACGUUGCCAGGAAACCAGUGUUUCUGUGAGUCCGCCAGUGGGAACAGCUGUAAUCUGGAAUUGCUGCGCAUCAACCGCAAACGGUCUCUGGAUUCCUGUGUGGAGCUGGAAUCGCUCCGGGAACGUAUCCAGAGGAUCCACCUGGAGACUGAGGGCCGAGAGGAAACGAGGCCACCACCACAAGACAGAGAGGAAGAUUUUGAUGGGGAAAUCGUCAGAGCCACAGAUCUCUCCUGCUAUGUGCAAGACCCUGACUUUGGAUACCAGGACUUUGCCAGGCGAGAUGAAGAUCAGACCCAGAUAUUUAGAGUCCAGGAUUACUCCUGGGAGGACCAUGGAUUCUCGCUGGUAAACAGACUCUACUCUGACGUUGGCCACCUCCUGGAUGAGAAGUUCCGUACAGUUGACGGUCUCCAGAGCAAUGCCAUGGCCAAGCGGCAAGGCUGUGAAUCUUCUGUCUUCAAACGGGGCAUCUGGAACUAUAUCCACUGCAUGUUCGGAAUCAGGUACGACGACUAUGAUUACGCAGAAGUGAAUCACUUUCUGGAGCGUAUGCUCAAAGUUUACAUUAAAACUGUGACUUGUUACCCAGAGAAGACUAACCCAGAAAUGUUCAGCCGGUUCUGGAAGCAGUUCAAGCACAGUGAAAAGGUCCACGUGAACCUUCUCAUCCUGGAAGCCAGAAUGCAAGCUGAGCUCCUGUAUGCACUGCAAGCAAUUACCCAGUACAUGAUCUCCUAG